UCUCAGGUGGUCUCAGGUUUGGACGAGUCCUCCUCUGUGAUGUUCAGAACCUGCAGACCUGAGAUCAGUUUGUGAUCCUGUGUUUUGAGAAUAAAUCUGACGUGAUGUGUUAAACUGAUCAAAGAUUAUUUUUCUGGCUGUGAUGAUGAUGAUGAUGAUGAAGAUGAUCCUGGACUCAGCUGCAGGUUUUAACGUCGUCAUUGACGCCAUCAGACAAACAAACAGUGGAUCCAAACUAAUCUGAUCUCAUCAGGUUCAACCGGAGCUAAAUUAAUCUACUUAAAGUGUUUGAUCUGAAAACACAGCAGCACAUCCACAGCCAGAGUUCCUGUGUGUUCAUUGUUUUUAAUAUGUUUGUUUCAGUCUUUAUUUUGUUUUUUUAUUUUAUUUUAUCUCAACAAAACAAUCUCCGCUCAGCGCCUCACAGGCUCGAUCUGCUUUCAGUGCUGAGUGCAGAUUGUUUCCAAGAAUGAACAUCAGGAGUCACAUGACGACCUGCUGAUGAAGACCAUGUGGCCCCUGGAAAGCUCUGGAACAGAGAGGGGCAGCAGCCGUCAUAAUGUUCAUGCUGUGGAUUAUUAUUAUCUGUUUACCAACGAACUGAACCUCAGUUCCAGUUCUGGAUGCAGAGGAUCAACAUGGCUCCCCUCAGCAGCAGGGGGACCGGGUUCUUCAGGACCCUCCUGACCCGCUGCAGGACCCCGGGACCCGGUCAGUCCAGGACCCCGGACAGGUGUCGUCUCUCCUCCCUGCCCUCCUCUCCACCACCGCCGGGCACCUGGCAGCAACUGUCCCGCCUGUCCCACCCGGAUCUGUACCGGCUCUCGGUCACGGAUCCGGAUCGGUUCUGGGGAUCCGCCGCCGCUGACAGACUCCGCUGGGUGGAACCGUUCCACCGGGUCCGGGACUGCGACCUCAGCAGCGGGAGGAUCAGCUGGUUCGUGGGAGGGAAGCUCAACGUGUCCGUGAACUGUCUUGAUGUCCAUGUUGAGAAACAUCCGGACCGAGUGGCUCUGAUCUGGGAGCGAGAUGAACCUGGCACUGAGGUGAAGGUCACUUACAGGGAGCUGCUGGAGACGACCUGCCGCCUCGCCAACACCCUGAAGAGCCAUGGGAUCCAGAAGGGAGACAGGGUGGCCAUUUACAUGCCGGUCUCACCGCUGGCGGUGGCGGCCAUGUUGGCGUGUGCUCGUAUCGGUGCGGUGCACACCGUGGUGUUCGCCGGCUUCAGCUCGGAGGCUCUGGCAGGGAGGAUCCAGGACGCUGGGUGUAAAGCAGUGGUCACCUGUAAUCAAGGUGUGAGGGGCGCCCGAGUCAUCGACCUGAAAUCCACCGUGGACGCUGCCGUGAAGAGCUGUCCCACCGUCCAACACGUGUUCGUCUCUCAGAGGACACAACAACCUGCAGCGAUGGGACGGCUGGACGUCCCCCUGGAGGAGGUGAUGUCCCGUCAGUCGUCCGUCUGUCCUGCGGAGCCUCUGGACAGUGAGGACCUCCUGUUUCUUCUCUACACUUCAGGCAGCACAGGGAAACCUAAAGGUGUGGUCCACACUCAGGCUGGAUACCUGCUCUACACCUCACUGACUCACCAGUACGUGUUUGAUUACCGGGAUGGUGACGUGUUCGGCUGUGUGGCGGACGUCGGCUGGAUAACGGGACACAGUUAUGUCGUCUACGGUCCUCUGUGUAACGGUGCCACCACCGUCCUGUUUGAGAGCACACCUGUUUACCCAAACCCAGGCAGGUACUGGGAGACGGUUCAGCGUCUGAGGAUCAGUCAGUUUUACGGCGCUCCGACGGCUCUGCGUCUGCUGCUGAAGUACGACGACAGCUGGGUGAAGAAGUACGACCGCUCGUCUCUGAGGACGCUGGGAUCAGUGGGGGAGCCCAUUAACCACGAGGCCUGGCACUGGUUCCACAGUGUGGUUGGAGAGGGACGGUGUCCUUUAGUGGACACGUGGUGGCAGACAGAGACGGGAGGAGUCUGUAUCGCCCCUCGUCCUGCAGAGGAAGGAGCUGCGAUCGUCCCGGCGAUGGCCAUGAGGCCGUUCUUUGGCAUCCAGCCUGUUCUCAUGGGAGAGAAGGGUGAACCUCUGUCUGGUAACUCUGUGAGUGGAGCUCUGUGCAUCAGUCAGCCAUGGCCUGGGAUGGCUCGGUCCAUCUACGGAGACCACCAGAGAUUUAUCGACGCUUAUUUCAAACCGUAUCCUGGUAAUUAUUUCACCGGUGACGGAGCGUUCCGGUCAGAGGAAGGUUACUACCAGAUAACUGGUCGGAUGGACGACGUCAUUAACGUCAGCGGUCAUCGUCUCGGUACGGCAGAGAUAGAGGACGCUCUGGAUGAACAUCCAGCUGUUCCAGAAACAGCUGUGAUUGGGAUCCCGCAUGACAUCAAAGGAGAAGUACCGUUUGCCUUCGUGGUUCUGAAGGACGACCCGGGUCUCGACCCCCCCGUCGUCCUGCAGCAGCUCAGAAACCUCGUCUCCACUAAAAUCGCCAAAUACGCCGUCCCUGAUCACUUCCUGGUGGUGAAGCGCUUACCGAAGACUCGCUCCGGUAAGAUCAUGAGGCGAAUCCUGAGGAAGGUUGCCAUGGAGACGACCGGUGACCUGGGCGACGUGUCGACUCUGGACGACCCCUCCGUCGUCAAGGAGAUCAUCGAGGCCCACGAGCUGUACAGGAAGCAGAAGAAGUAGGAGGAGGAGGGGCUCAGAUGACAUCAUCAGUCCUCAGGUGUGACCCGGAGCACCUGGUCCAGACUCUGUGUGCGUGGUGGCGCGCGUGCAGGACUGUGGGAGGUUUUUUAUUGAUAAGGCAUCAAUCAAUCGAUCAGUCCUGGUGUUUCAGUGACGUCAGGUCAUGUGACACUGAACUCCAGGAUCAUCAUGUUCAGGUCUUUACUCCUGAGGUGAAACAUCAGAUCUUUGUGUUCAGCUCCAGUGUCUCUUUGAUCAGUAAUGAUCAUCACCUGCUUCUGUUCCGCAUGUGUUCGUGUCCAUCAGCGACAGAACCGCUGUGGUUCAGGACUCUGACUCGAUCUUCCACAGAACUUUAUAGAAAACAAGCAGCUGCAGAACAAAGCUCACAGAUCACAGAGAGCAGAUCCGAUCCAGAGUCAGCUGUUCAGUGAAACUUUGUUUGUCUGACUCUGAUUAACCCUCAGAUCAUCUUUAUUUAACAGAGAUUUAACGGAGAUUACAAUAAGAGAAGAAGAGAUUUGAUAGAUUUACACUCUGAAAUCAUGUUUAAUGUUAACGAAUGUUUCUGUUAAUUGAUUAUUUGAUGAACCGUUCAUCAAAUCAUAAAUCAUACAGACUCUUGAUGUAGAGAAAUAAAUAUUUUCUAAUAAACAUGAA